GUACGCAAAGGUACGAAACGGCGGUCGAAAGCGUGUGGAAACGUCGACAGGGAGAAGACCUAGAAGGUGGAUGAGGUGUGCGAAUCGAGUCUUGUUAACAUAUAGCUCCUUAUCGACCAAAAGGGCUACUCAACAACCCGACUGUCACAUUUCAACAUCUUUCCCCAACAUAGACGAUACCGAUGUUAUCCAGGUACGGCUUUGUUCAAGAGCCAGAAACCAUUUUCCUCUUCUCCAUCGUCGUGAAGCCUGGACAGGGCUCUCUCUCUCCAGGAAUCCGUCCUCUUGUAGCUUGGUUCUUGAUAGUAUUCGAAAGAUAUCCGGUAUCAAGUCUCAUGAUAAGAGCAGAUUGCGUCUUUUUAAAGUCGAGUCGAAUGACGGCGUAUUUUCCUGUCCGUGCCCGACCACAGCGCUGUGAAGGAUCCCGCCAGUAGCCACCAACAUGUCGCCCAAGCCCACCAACCUCCCUCACAACUUCCUAAAACAGCAACACACAGAUCCACAGCAUACCACCCGCGAAGAGAAAAGGAUGAGAUUGAGAAUCGAAGGUUGCGCAGGAGAGCGACACGCAGCCCCUAAAUACACCAACGUUCCUGCCUCCCGAAAAUACGGCCACCAACCCCCAAGCAAUAUAACACUAACAACUCCGACAUCACUAAACGGUCAUAGCAAAACCACAGUCAACAAGUCCGAAAGCACGACGUAAGAACAGCAAAGUCCGCAGAAAGUAGCCCAGUCUACUGUAACCCGCACGAAAGGCUACCGAAUCGAGAAAAAGAAGCGCAAUGGUUCCUUUUUCUGGGAGUUGCGCUGCAAGGGCGAACGGAACACACAGACAGAUUACAGCGCAUGUGCAGAUCCAUUAUAUUCCGGUCCGAGUCAUCGCUGCAUGUACGUACGUACGUACCCGUCUUUUUCAAUCACCGAUGGCCGUCGGGGUACACAGUAAUCGGUGUAUCCUCAUUCGCAAUUGCAUUCCAUUCGAAUCAGGAUAGAAACAAGUAACAUCUUUGGCUCCUACAAGGAAGGAAACAACUCUCCCAUUUGCACAUGUUAAAUAGUAGGUAUAUUUACGCAGAAACAAUUGUUUGUGAGCAUAUACUAUGUCCUUGAUCUCCUGGUAUACUUUCUUGGUCGUUCUAUGAUGAGAGAUCAAUCAGAAAGUUACUUCUCGUAUGCCCUCUGCCUACACAUCUCCUGCCAGCACACCACUUUUUCCAACCCCCGACCCCCAAUCUUUUUUUUCCGAUUCGGUGUGUCGCGGGCUACAAUAACU